UCAUAUUUCAUCGCCCACGGCAUUAUACAAUCAUCGGAAACGAUUCGCCCCAUGGAUUCUUCAAAACUCUCUCUCCUUGCUUGCCUUGUAAUCCUUUUGAUUGUUAGAAUCAAAGCGUCUUGUUCAGACACAACUUAUGCACCAAACAGCACAUUCCAAACAAACGUUAAUCGCUUACUUUCUUCCCUUUCCUCCAACGCCAAUCAAAUUGAUGGAUUUUACAACACCACCGUGGGAGAAAACAGCGACGCCGUCCACGGCCUCUUCCAGUGCCAUGGCUCUGCCACCGUCCCAGCCUGUCAAACAUGUGUUUCCGACGGAAUCAAAAAAAUCCUUCAGAGGUGCCCCAAUAAUACAGGAGCCGUCGCUUGGUUCGAAAACUGCUGGUUACAUUACUCCGACGAGUAUUUCUUCUCCACGAUGCAAGAACAACCCCAGCAAAUUGUUGUUAACGCCCGCAACGCAACAGACACGACGAGCUUUAUGAACCUGUUGGGUGAAACCUUGACAGUGGUUGCGAAAGAGGCGUCGGAAGGGGGAAGCAAGAAAUUUGCAACCAAAGAAGUAAAGUAUAGUCCUUUUCAAACUCUAUAUACUCUGGCGCAGUGCACGAAGGAUAUAUCUGAGAUUGAAUGUCGGAACUGUCUGGGAAACAGUAUUAGCAAUUUGCCUACUUGCUGUAAUGGAAAUGUUGGGGGAGUAACCCAGAAGCCCAGUUGCGUUUUAAGGUAUGAAGUCUACGCCUUCUACCAGGACUUUCCUCCGCCACCAGCCCCUCCGCUGCAAUCCACUUCCCAAGAUAAAGGCAGGAUUUCAACUGGUACAGUCACUUCCAUAGCUGUUCCAACAUUUAAAUUCAUAUUGACAGUCUCGCUCGGCAGCUUCUGGUGCUUAAAAAGGAGAGCAAGGAUAAAGAAGCAUACAUCACUUCCUGUACAAACUGUUGAGAUUUCAAGUGUAGAGUCCCUACAAUUUGAUUUGGAUACCAUCAAAUCAGCCACAAACGACUUCUCUCCUGAUAAUAAACUAGGGCAAGGAGGAUUUGGCGAGGUGUACAAGGGUACUCUUCCUGGUGGAAAAGAGUUAGCUGUGAAGAGAUUAUCAAGCAAUUCCAAACAAGGUGUAGGAGAAUUUAAGAAUGAAGUUGUUACGAUGGCAAAACUUCAACACAGAAAUCUUGUGAGGUUACUAGGAUUUUGUUUAGAUGAGGAAGAAAAGAUACUUGUCUAUGAAUUCUUGCCCAACAAAAGCUUGGAUAAGUUUCUGUUUGGACCUGAAAAUGAAGGUAAAUUGAAUUGGUCAAAACGGUACAAGAUUAUCGAAGGAAUUGUAAAGGGGAUGCUUUAUCUUCAUGAAGACUCUCGACUCAAAAUUAUACAUCGAGAUCUCAAAGCUAGUAAUGUACUUUUGGAUGAAGAUUUGAAUCCAAAAAUUUCUGAUUUUGGCAUGGCUAGAAUUUUUGAAGUUGAUGAAACUCAAGCAAGCACGAGUAGAGUUGUCGGUACCUUUGGCUACAUGGCUCCAGAAUAUAUAAUGCAUGGUCAUAUUUCAAUCAAAUCUGACAUAUAUAGCCUUGGUGUCCUAAUUCUGGAGAUUAUUAGUGGUGAGAAGAAUACAGCUUUCUACGUAUCAAGUUACGCUGAAGACCUACUAAGCUAUGCUUCGAAGCUGUGGAGGGAAGGGACGCCAUUAGAAUUGUUGGAUCCUAGUUUAAGAGAUUCUUGUUCAAGAAAUGAAGUUAAUAAAUGCAUUCAUAUAAGCAUGUUAUGUAUCCAGGAAAAUCCAGCACUGAGACCUACAAUGCAAUCUAUUAUGGUAAUGCUAAGUAGCCACUCUGUCACCCUAUCAGACCCUCAAGAGCCAGCAUUUUUUGUUGAUCGCCAUAGAACAAACUCAAACAAUCCGACCAUUUCUGAGAAUAGUUCGGAUCAAUCUACAAGCAAGUCGGUGCAACGGUCUGUGGAUGAAGAUCCAAUUACUGAUUUGUAUCCUCGCUAGUAUCUUUUUUUUUUUUUUCCCACCUAAAAUACUCAACUUGUUAUUGUAUUGUCUGUCAACUGGUACAAGUUUGAGA